AUGGAUUCAUCCACAAACAAGAAUCUGAAAGGAAUGAUAAAUGAAGCAUUACAAUCAUCAGAGAACAUCAAGAUAAAUACAGACGAUUCUGAUCAGCCAUUUUCACCACAUGAUAUUCAAUGUGGAAAGUCAUUACAGCAGAUCAAAAAUAUUUUCGAGAAAACUGAAGCUAUGAGAGAAGUUGCUAAAGAAAAGAAUCAUCAGCUUCAAGAACAGUUCAAAGAUCUCAAGGAAAGGCUGAGUUCUAGUUCAGAGUAUCUACUGAGAAUUAAAAAAAACAUUGAAAACUUGAAGUUUUCUUAUCAGAAGAAUGUUAUUGAAAUACAGAAAAAUCUAGAUCCAGCAACUGAAGUGGAAAAUAUCAAAUCAAAAGAGGACAUGGCCAAACAUAUGAACGAGAUAAGAAAUAAAAUUGAUGAUUUGCAGAACAAAAUGACCGAACAAAGAAAUAAACAACAAUAUGUGACAGAAAGUUACCAGGAAGCUUUUGAUAAAGUAAUAGAUACUCUACAAGAAAUUGAAACUGGUGCUUACAGUUCUCAAAUGCUGAGUAUUGUGCAAGACUGA